UCUUGAAUGUGCCUCGUGAUCUCCGAAACCGCCCCGUGAUGGCGCCUACAGUAAAACGGGCCCGGACCUCCAGGAAACUAGCGAGGACAGCGCGGGAGAGGCGCGCGCACGGCUCUGACCAGGAGGACGGGAGAGACCUGUGGGACUCCCGAGAAGACGCCGGAGAAGGAAGGAUGCCCGACGGGGGAAAGCGCGGAGUAAAAAGGUCUUCCCCAGGCAGGGCCGGUGACGCGUCUGAAGAGGGGGUGAGCAUAAUUCCUCUGCUGCUAUUGCCCCCCUCCCAGAAAGCCAUUCUUAUGGCAAUUAUUGUACAGUUCUCCCUGAUCUCCGCACAAAUGAUAUUUAGAAAGGAAGAGGAAAAACGAGCACAGUUGGUGAAUAUAUUGGAAAUGCCUGAAGACGUGUAUGAUGUGCCACCAUUGUGGAUGUCUUUACAAAGGUAGCAGGUGUA